AUGUAAAUUGAUAACUAAGACCUUCAGGAAACACUCCUCUCAAAGGAACAGUUCCCACUCAAUAAGCUUUAACUCAAAUCCAUAUUUGAUUGUUACUGCUAGCGAUAAGAGAAGCAGGAUGGACAGGAAGACUCAAAAGAUUAAGAGAAGGCUAGAUAAUUGAGUAAACUCAAUGAAUUCGGAGGCACAAAAUCAAUCAUUGCUGCACUUAAAACUGACUAAUUCGUAUGCCUAACCAUUAAUGAAUCAUUGAUUGACUUAUUAAUAGAAUGGUUUGAAUUCAAGGGAUGUGAAGGACUUGUAAAGUAGGAAAGAUAGAUUAUUGAACAAUUUGAGGAUGAAAUAUUGAGAUUGCUACUUAUUGCUGCUACAGUGUCUCUAGGUAUUGGCAUUUGGAAGGAAGGUCUAGCCAAGGGAUGGUAUGAAGGAGUCACUAUAUAUCUGGCUAUCCUCAUUAUCGUAUCAAUCACAGCCACAAAUGAUUAUAUGAAAGAUAAGCAAUUUAGGAAACUCAAUGAUGUCAGAAAGGAGCACUUUGUUCUGGUCAGGCGCAAUAAUCAUACAUAAUCCAUUUCAACAUUCUAAUUGGUUGUUGGUGAUAUUGUUGAACUCAAGUAAGGAGAUGUCGUCCCUGCUGAUUGUAUACUGAUAGAGGGAGAUGAUAUGAUGACUGAUGAAAGUAGCAUUACUGGUGAAAGUGAACAUAUCAAGAAAUAUGCACAAAAUGGCACAUUUGACAAGCCAGGUCCAGCCAAAAAGCUUCCCAACCCAUUCCUUUUGAAUGAUUCCUUAGUUGUCUUAGGUAAAGGAUUAGCAGUAGUAUGCGCUGUGGGAGUCAAUACAUAAACAGGAGAGGUCGAGGAAAAGUUAUUCUAAGAUGAUGAGGAAGGAACUCCACUGCAGUAGAAACUUGAAAGAGUAGCGAAUUUCAUUGGUAAAGUAGGCAUGUAUGUCGCCCUAGCCACAUUUGUUGCUAUGACUAUCAAUUUAAUUCUUUCAAGACUGCUUUCAAACUAACCAAUACUUGAUAUCGUUGUGACUAAAGGAGUAGUGAAUGCAAUUAUUGUAGCUAUCACUAUUAUAGUUGUAGCAGUCCCAGAAGGUUUGCCUUUAGCAGUGACAAUAAGUUUAGCUUACUCUGUUAAUCAAAUGAGAAAAGAAAAUAAUUUGGUCAGAAGACUAGAAGCAGCAGAGACUAUGGGAGGCGCUAAUGAGAUCUUGACUGAUAAGACAGGCACUCUUACCUAAAACAAAAUGUCAGUCAUAUAAGUAUACACUGAGGGUUCCAUUCAUGGCUCAAUUGAAAGUGUUUCUCUCAAUACUUAGGAGCUUAUUCUUAGAUCAUGUGCUUUAAACUCAAAUUCACAUCUUAUCAUCGACGAUAAAACCUAUUAGGAAAAGCGUGUCGGCAAUCAAACUGAAUGUGCCCUACUAGACUUUGUCAACAAAUCUCUUAUCAAACUAAGCAAACCUGAGUAAGGCUAUGAAUCUAUUAAGUCCUAGAAUAAAGUUAUCAAGAUGUACCCUUUCAACAGUACCACAAAGAAAAUGACUGUAGUUGUAGAAACUGAACAUCAAAAGAAAGUUAGAAUAUUUACCAAGGGAGCUUCUGAAAAUAUACUUGAAGACUGCAUCAAAGUUAUUGAAAACGGUGGAGAAAUAAAGCCAUUAGACCUGUAAAUGAAGAGCAACAUCAAGAAUGAGGUUAUCAAGAGAAUGGCUCAGAGUGCUUUGAGAACUAUUGCAAUGGGUUAUAAGGACAUGGACUAUUCUGACUUUAUAAUUCUGAGGGACAGACUAGAGGAAAAAUUAGACUAGGAGUAGAGUUAAGAGGAUGAAGAAUUGAAUCAUGAGAAUGAUGAUGUGCUAGAUUCAUCAGAGAAAAUAUCACUAGAUAGAGAUUUGACUAUGAUUGGAAUAUUUGGAAUAAGAGAUAUCAUAAGACCAUAGAUUAAAGAGGCAGUUUUAAGAUGCCAAUAGGCUUAAGUAACUGUAAGAAUGGUAACUGGAGAUAACUAAGACACUGCUGUUGCUAUUGCCAAAGAAGUAGGAAUUCUUCCAUUUGACAACGACUCUGAGAAAUACGCUCCUUCAAGGUUUAGAGUAAUGACUGGCGUUGAUUUUAGAAAGCAUUGCGGUGGUUUAAGAAAAGAUGAAAUCGAUGGAGAGGAAAAGGAAGUUAUUAGUGAUAUCCAUGCAUUCAGAGAAAUAGUAAAGGAGCUCAGAGUUCUGGCUAGAUCUACUCCUAUGGAUAAAUAUAUACUCUGCCUUGGCUUGAAGUAACUUGGAAAUGUAGUGGCAGUCACUGGAGACGGCACCAAUGAUGCUGCUGCUCUUAAGAAAGCUGAUGUUGGGUUCGCUAUGGGUAUUGCUGGUACUGAAGUAGCUAAAGAAGCAGCAGACAUCAUUCUUUUGGACGAUAACUUUGGAUCACUAGUGACCUCCAUCAAAUGGGGUAGAAACGUCUAUGAUAGCAUUAGAAAGUUCCUGCAGUUCCAGCUCACUGCUAAUUUAGUUGCUAUGUUUAUGGCUCUUGUUGGAGGUAUAUUCUUAGGAGACUCUCCAAUGAACUCAAUCUAGAUGCUCUGGGUUAAUCUUAUUAUGGAUACCUUUGCAGCCUUAGCACUUGCAACUGAACCACCUAAGCCUGAUAUAAUAAAGGGCAAACCCUACCCAAAGAACGACAGCAUUGUGACUCCUAUAAUGUGGAGGAACGUUCUAGGUUAGUCCUUCUUCCAAAUCUCAGUUCUUACCCUAUUCUUAUUCAGAGGGGAGUACAUUUUAGGCACUCAGACUAAAUCCCCUGACGAAGAGUGGAACUAUCAGAACGGACUUCAAAACACCAUAAUCUUCAACACAUUCAUCUUCAUGCAGGUGUUUAAUGAGAUCAACUGCAGAAAGAUUCAAGCCUCAGAUUUCAAUGUCUUUGCCAGCUUCUUCAACAACCCAAUGUUCUUCUUAAUUAUGAUCAUCACGGUGGCUGUCCAGAUUCUCCUAGUCUAGUACGGAGGCGAGGCUGUCAAAUGUGUCCCUCUAAGUGUAGAAUAGCAUGUAUUCUGUACCGUUAUUGGCUCAUUGUCCCUAAUAGUAGGAUUCUUUGUUAAGUUCUUGCCCCUUGAAAUGUUUGAGAUAUUCCAACUUAACGAGGAGCCACUUAAGACUGAAUAGGAAAGAGAUCAGGCUUUCAAGAGUUCACUUAGAAAGUCAAGAAGUAUCUACAGAAUGUCAUCUAAAAAUCUCAAUGCCUCUAGAGAGAGCAGAAAGGGCAAGACUAAUAACAAAAAACUCAGCUCUAAAAAUCUUUGA